UUACUAAGAACUUGGACUGUUCACUUCUAGUUAAAGCUGUUAAGACUUAUAUAUAUUUUUUUGGAUAGUAAUUAAUUUAAAUUUGAGAAUAUACGUGACUUAAGUGCCAUACACAAAAUGCAAAAUAUUAUAAUAUUUAUAAGUCUGAUAGCUUUGACAAGUGCAGCCUUUAACGAAAUCACAAAGAACAAUGUUGAUUUGUUCAAAUAUUCACCAACUGACGUUUACACACUAACUGAAGAUGUUGAUGAUGAUAAACCACCUACACUCUACAAUGGAGAAAACACCAAUGCAAAAACCGAACUUUUGGAAAAUUAUAGCGGUGGAAAAAAAUUCAAAUACCAACUUAAAACUCAAAACGGAAUUGAUAUACAACAAGUUGGAAAAUUGAAAGACGACAAUACCUUUGUGGUAAGCGGUCAGUAUUCAUUCACCGGAGUUGAUGGUAAACGUUACAAGACAAGAUAUACUGCUGAUGAACUUGGUUACCAUCCAAUGACUGAGCUUGAUAUUGAUAUGCCCGAAGCGUUUGCAACACAAAUCCCAAUUAAAGAGACAAAGUUUCAAUUUUUAAACCAAAAAUUGAACACUGAUGACUUCUUUAUUAAACCAAGACCAAUUGUUAUUCCCGAAAAGAAACCAGCACCAGCUCUUGUUGGAGGAUUUGAAUCGAGAUUUGGAGAUGCUGGAUCUCAAUCACAAGGAUCAAGCUCAAGACCUGGAUUCGGUUCAGGAUCAGCUUCAGGAGCAGGAUCCAGUAAUGGUGCAGGUUCAGGAUCAGGUUUUGGUUUAGGGUCAGGAUCUGGUGUAGGUUCUAGCUCAGUAUCUGGUUCAGGAUUUGGUUCAGGAUCAAGCUUUGGUUCAGGUGCUGGUUCAAGUUCAAGUUCAGGCUCAUCAUUCGGUCCAGGAUCCAGCACAGGAUCAGUUUCAGGAACUGGAUCUGGAUUAGGCUUUGGAUCAGGCUCAAAGUACGGCCCAGGAUCCAGCUCUGGAUCAAGUUCUGGUCAAGGUUUUGGUACAGGAUCAACCUCUGCUUCAGCUACUUCUUCUUCAGGCUUAGGCUCUGGUUCUGGUUCUAGCUUUGGCCCAGGUUUCGGAUCAGGAUCAAGUUCAGGAUCAGGUCUAGGUGCUGGUUCAGGAUCAAGCCUUGGCUCAGGUUCUGGUAUAAAGUCGGGUUCUGGCUCAAGCUCAGCAUAUGGCUCUUUACCUAGCCAAGGGUCAGGUUCGGGAUCUGGUGCAGGAUUUGGUUCAGGAUCAAGCAUUGGCUCAGGUUCUGGUUCAAGCUCAGGCUUAGGCUCAGGCUCAGGAUACGGAUCAGGAUCAGCAUAUGGCUCAGGGUCUAACUCAGGAUCAGGAUCUGGUCAAGGUUUCGGUUCAGGCUCUGGUUCAGGCUCAGGAUACGGCUCAGGAUCCAGUUCAGGAUCAGGAUCUGGUCAAGGCUUUGGUUCAGGUUCAGGUUCUGGUGUGGGAUCAGGAUACGGUUCAGGUUCUGGUGUGGGCUCAGGAUACGGCUCAGGUUCUAGCUCAGCAUCAGGAUCUGGUCCAGGCUUUGGUUCCGGCUCUGGUUCUGCUUCAGGCUCAGGAUACGGCUCAGGAUCAAGCUCAGCCUCAGGAUCUGGUCCAGGCUUUGGUUCAGGCUCUGGUUCUGGUUCGGACUCAAAAUACGGCCCAGGUGCUGGUUCAGGAUCAGGUUCAGGUCAAGGUUUUGGUUCAUCGUCAAGUUCAGGAUUAUCAGGCUCUGGCUUAGGCUCGGGAUCAUCUUCAAGUUCAGGAUCAGGACUUGGAUCAAGUUCUGGUUCAGCAUCAGGAUCAGCUUUUGGUUCACGACCCAGCUAUGGUUCCGGACAAGGAACUGGAUCACAAAAUACACUAUCGAGUGAACUCCAAGCUCCUUACACCUCACAAGGUAAUGGAGAUGGUUUUGCAACUGAUCUGAAAAGUCACGCAGAAAGUGGUUACGACUAUGCACCUCCAUCAAAUCAGUAUCUGCCUCCUCAAUCUUUUGAUGAGCCCGCAAGAAUAUGAAAUGUACCUUUGUUAGUUUAAUUAUUUUUAAUUUAAUUCUAGUUAAUUAGUUUACAAUUUUAGUCAAUAAUUCUAGUUAAACUUGUCAUCAUUAAGAAAAGAAUAAGUGAUAGUAAUAAUAUU